AUGGUAGCCAUAAAGGACACGUGUGGUGUUUUUUUCGUACUGUCCCGUGUUGAACCGUCACCACUUUUCGCGGGACUUGCUGCUAAUUUCCUGACUAAUCCACUAAACGACAUCUUCAAUUUGCCCACUAUUUUUGCUAAUUACUGUAUAAAAUCAGUUUUCUUGCAUUCACUUCAGUCUCUAAAUCCAUCAAGCGAAUUAUUUUGUAUUGUACAACAAAAUGAUAUUAAAAGGACAAAGGUCACGCCAUUUGAAACAGUAAGUCAGUUUCGAAAAUUUCUACCCUCGAAAGAAGUUGUGCCUUUUUUACAAGAAGAAACUGUGGAAGUUUGGGAUGAUAAAGUAACUUCAAAUUUUGAAUAUCCAACUGCAGUAUUUUCAAAUGAUUGUUCUGGAAGUGCACCGCUUCCAUUGCUAAAAAAUAUAAGCAUAAUAUGCUCACCUAUAUGGCAUGAAUUUGAUGAAGAAAACUGUAUCAGCUUGAAGUAUCUGAAUGUCAGCUAUUAUCUACACAAGUAUUCAUCAGGAAAGGGUCAAAACAGGUCAGUGGUUGCAUUAGAAGGUGAUCCCGAGGGAAAUGAUCUGAUCCGUUGGCUUUAUUGGAAUGGAACAGCGUGUAUCAAUGCAAUUUCCAUGGUCAUGAUUAAAUUCUUUGUUCGCGAUGGAUUACUCGAAGACAUUACGGCAAGUGUAGAGUACUCCAAUAUUACUGAUUACAAUUAUUUACAUCAACUUUAUCACUUUGAUGCCAUUUUUGUUGACCUUUCGAUUAAUUCGGACUUUCAAGAUAUACAGAAACCAGUAGGUUAUGAUAUUGGACAAAACAUUAGGAUAUAUAUCGAAAACAUUACAAACAGUUUGUUUUUGAUUCCACUGGGUACGAGUUGUGAGGAAAAGAAUAGUCAUGGAUUAUCAGUCAAGUUCGGAGUUCACAUUAGCAGCUCAUGUCAAAUAAAAAUCAGCACAUGCGCCCAAAUAUCUCGUCAAAUUCGCAGCUUGCUUAAUCACUGGAAAACUUUAACAAUUCGAAGUUUACCUUCCGGAAGAACUAGUUUGAAUCUAUUACUUCUAAUUUUUUUCAAACUGAUUCCCAAUUUGAAUACUUCUGAUUCUCAAUUUGAAUACUUUCAGAGGCAAGUAGAUGAUAAAAGCUGUGAGCUGAUAACUGCAGCAUCAAUUCAACUUUCAUAUAUUCGUAUUGGUAAUGUUCAAGCAUAUUCUCAUCAAUUAAUUUCAUAUAAAAUUGAGUUAAAUAAGCCAAAUUUAGUUAAUUUAAGUCAAUAUCCUUAUAAUUAUAGCUUGAAGAAUUACAAGCAAAAUUUUGUUUUAGGCUUUUUGACAGCCUUAAGUGCUGCGAUUUUAAUUCCAAGUAUAAAUGCAGCAGGAGGGAUUUGGGGCUUAAAAGCUAUAACUGGUAAUGCGCCAUAUUUGGGCUUUGGUAAUGCUUGGAUUAAUACUCCGUCAUAUUCAAGUGGUACAGGUAAUCUCUAUAAUUUAUACUCACCUUUGGAAUAUGGUUCAAACUACGAUUAUCCGCCACUUAACCAUUAUCGACCCUAUAAUCACUAUUAUCCAUAUGAUCGAUAUCAAUCAUAUCAGCCAUAUUUUAAUCGGUAUGGUCCAGUUGUACAACAAUCUCCAUCAAAAACUUCAACGAAACUAUCAAUUUCAGUUGAUAAAACUUAUUAUCAUGGCAGAGGGAACCCAUGGAUAAACAAGCAAGGAGAAUAA